AUGCAUGAGGAAGCGGAAGGGAAGGAGGGGGGCCGGCGGAGAAAUGUCACCGGCUUGAAGGCAGCCGGUGUUCCUGUGCUGCCUCGGCGCUUCUGCUCGGUGCUCACCCCGAGACGGCGGAGGCGCCGGCGGGUCCUCGCGGUCCCUCCGCCCGUUGGCCCGCGGAGCCCUAGGCGGGACGGUGAGAUUGGGGCUCCAGGAACGCGCAGUGGGUGACGGCCGAGGUGGGAUGGUGACCCCGGGGGCCCGCCGCGCUUGCUGAGGGGAGCACAGUCGCCCCGUUAUGGUCAUUAUCUUCAGAUGAAUAUCCUUGGUUGGUCGGAGUGAGCACACAAUAAUGAGUGGUGCAGCUUUGGGACUUGAGAUUGUUUUUGUCUUUUUUCUGGCUUUAUUAAUACUUCAUCGAUAUGGAGACUUCAAGAAACAGCAUAGACUUGUUAUUGUAGCAACACUACUUGCUUGGUAUCUCUGCUUUCUCAUAGUCUUCAUUCUGCCCUUGGAUGUUAGUACGACAAUAUACAACCGAUGCAAACAAGCUACCAACUCUAGCCCUUUGGAAAAUGGCAACAUAACUGGAUCUCACUCUGCAGCCUCCCCUGUUACAGGAAAACAUCCGUGUUUCAAGCCAUGGAGCUAUAUCCCUGAUGGAAUAAUGCCAAUUUUCUGGCGCGUUGUAUAUUGGACAUCACAAUUUUUAACAUGGAUCUUGUUACCUUUUAUGCAAUCAUAUGCAAGAUCAGGAGGAUUUUCCAUUACCGGAAAGAUCAAAACAGCACUGAUUGAGAAUGCAAUUUAUUAUGGCACCUAUUUGCUGAUUUUUGGAGCAUUUUUAAUUUAUGUGGCUGUAAAUCCAAAUUUGCACUUAGAAUGGAAUCAGCUUCAGACAAUUGGGAUAGCUGCUGCCAAUACAUGGGGCCUGUUUCUCCUUGUUUUACUGUUGGGGUAUGGCUUGGUGGAAAUUCCUCGGUCCCAUUGGAAUGGAGCUAAGAGAGGGUACCUACUCAUGAAGACAUAUUUCAAGGCUGCCAAACUGAUGACUGAGAAAGCAGAUGCUGAAGAAAAUUUAGAGGAUAUAAUGGAAGAGGUUCGGAAAGUGAAUGAAAGUAUAAAGUAUAACCACCCUUUGAGAAAAUGUGUUGAUACAAUAUUAAAAAAGUGUCCUACAGAAUACCAGGAAAAAAUGGGUAGGAACAUGGAUGACUAUGAAGACUUUGAUGAAAAACAUAAUACUUACCCAAGUGAGAAAAGUUUGGUUAAGCUUCAUAAACAGGUCAUUUAUUCAGUUCAGAGACACCGUCGUACACAAGUACAGUGGCGCAUUCUUUUGGAACAAGCAUUUUAUCUUGAAGAUGUGGCAAAAAAUGAAACCAGCGCUACCCGCCAGUUUGUUCAUACUUUUCAACCACAAGAGCCAGAAAACAGAUUUAUCCAGUAUUUCUAUACUCCCACAGUUGAAUGGUACUGGGAAUGUCUCUUGAGGCCUUGGUUUUACAGGAUACUUGCUAUUGUUUUGGCCGUCUUCUCUGUGAUUGUCGUGUGGUCAGAAUGCACAUUCUUUAGCACUAAACCUGUCUUAUCCCUGUUUGCAGUCUUCAUACAACUGGCAGAAAGAACAUACAAUUAUAUAUAUAUUGAGAUUGCAUGUUUUCUUUCCAUCUUCUUCUUAAGUAUCUGUGUUUAUUCUACUGUCUUCAGGAUCCGUGUAUUUAACUAUUAUUAUUUAGCAUCACAUCACCAGACUGAUGCUUACAGUCUUCUCUUUAGUGGCAUGUUAUUCUGUCGUUUGACUCCUCCUUUGUGUCUAAAUUUUUUGGGCUUGACACACAUGGAUUCAACAAUCUCUCACCAGGAUACUCAACCAACUGCUUAUACAUCAAUUAUGGGUUCCAUGAAAGUACUAUCUUUUAUUGCUGACGGAUUCUAUAUUUAUUAUCCUAUGUUGGUUGUUAUUCUCUGUAUUGCUACUUAUUUUAGUUUAGGAACACGGUGUCUGAAUCUGUUAGGUUUCCAACAAUUCAUGGGAGAUAAUGAUAUGACAUCUGACUUAGUUGAUGAAGGAAAAGAGCUAAUUAGACGAGAGAAAAGAAAGAGGCAAAGGCAAGAAGAAGGUGAAAACCGAAGAAGAGAAUGGAAAGAGCGUUAUGGAAACAAUCGAGAAGAUUCCACCAGGAAUAGAAAUGUUCAUACUGACGCAAAGGAGUCAAACUACUCAGAAACCAAUACCAACAGAUCAGCAUCUAAGUAUACAAGAUCUAAUAAUCGGACUGAAAGAGAUAGAAUUGAAUUACUUCAAGAUGCAGAACCUCUUGAUUUUAAUGCAGAAACGUUCACUGAUGAUCCUCUUGAAUCUGAAUCGGGAAGGUAUCAGCCUGGUGGAAGGUAUCUGUCAAUGUCUCGAAGCAAAAUAUUUGAUGACGUCUAAAGCUUGAAAAUAUUUAGGUGACAAUUAACUCUUGGAAGUCUGCAUAUCCAAAUCAUUUUUUAUGUUGUAAAGUAUUUGUAACAGUGGUGUGCCCUCAGAACUUGCUUUCUAUUCUGGAAGAAGAAAGUCAAGUUAGGGUUAAAAAAUAAUACAGAACUUACAGUUUGUAUAAUUAUUUAUUUCUCAUCAAGUAGUAGAGUACCAUAUUCUCACAGGACUUAUUGCAUAUGAUGCAACUUUUUAUGUGUUCUCUCAAUGGAUAAUAGGAAUGUCCAUUUAAUUCAUAUUAAAAAUUAGUCUGUGCAAAAACAUUUGUGUGUUUCAGGUUGGUUGAAAUGAAUUUUUUCUUCUGAAAGUUAGUUUAAAAAUAAUAAGUAAUAUGUACCACAUCUGUAUUACACUACAGUUCUCUUGUCAUUUGUGGCCUAUAUUUUGUGAUUUAAAGAGAAGAUAUUUUGUCAGUCACUUUUCAAGGAUAUGUAAUUGAAUGGAGAAAUCAAGUGAUGAUUAUGUUUGAAGAACUCAUAUCUUAAAACAUAAGGUUUAUCCAUAAAUUUACAGAGCAGAAUAAUCCUUCUGCUUUAACUUUAUAUGCAAAUAAAUGUCUUUUGCAUGUAUAUUUAAGAUAAUUUCAAUUGGCAACAUUAGUAUUUUUUUUUAGCAUGUGUGGUCUUUCGUUUUUAAUCAAGUGGUCUUUCCUUUUUAAGUCUUUGAUAGUAGCUGGAAAUCUUUGUAAUUUUUUUUUGUAUGGUUUUAAUUUGAUGGAGAUGAGUUUAAAAUUUUCCAAUUCAGUGCUUUUUUGUAUUCUUAACUGCUGAGCUUUCUGUUCAAGGAAAAGUAUGUGCAUUAAUAGCAGAUAUUUUUGAUAUCCAAAACACAUGAAAAAGAGAUCUGAGAUUUUAAAAUGUGCCUGUAUAUACCAGUAAAGCUUUUACAAAAGACACAUGCUCUUUCAAUUCAAAGAAAAAAAUACUAAUACGGAAGAUGCUACAGAUUAAUACUUAAAUUGUGGUUUAUGAAAUGUGUCAAACCAAAAUAGAUUGUAAAUAAUGUAUUGGGUAAAUAUGCUCAUUUAAAAAGUAAUUUGUUUUGGUUUCAUGUUUAAACCAAAGUUGUGUUUGUUUUUAAGUCACCAUCUUUAUUUUGCAAAGUGAAUAUGAAUGAGUGAAAUCCUUGAAAUAUUUUCCACUUCUUACACAAUUUAGUAGGUUAUAUAUUUUUAGAAAAGUGAACUUUUCCCAAGUUAUCAUAUUUCAGAAAAGCUUAAUUUUUUAAAAUUAGUAUUAUGUAAUUUUAUAAAUUUAAUAUAAUGCAAAUACUCAAAGGAUUAUGGUUAACCCUGUUAUCUCGUUAUUUUUAGUCAGUUUCUAAAAAGAAUGAAAUUGAGUACAUUCAAGCUAAAUACUAAUGGGAAGGUUUGCCACACUACAUUGAAGGGGGUGCUCUUUUUUUGAGUCACAUUCUUCCCUUUGUAAAGUGUGGUUGAUCACAGAGCAGUAAGCAGGAAAUAGUGAUGCUUUGGUGCUGAAUGUAGCACCACCGUGGGUUUUCCUUGGGUGAGAUGUACCCUCUCAGUGCCUCAGUUUCUUCAUUUACAUAAUGAAGACAUUUCUAUCUACCUACCUCGCAAGGAUAAUGUGAGGGUAUUAGAUGAACAUUUAUAAUACUUCAAGUCAAAGAACCAUGGCUAUCCUUUUAUCAUCAUCAUCAUCAUCAUAAGUUAUACUUGAAAGUAUUGGAUGAAAAAAAUACAAAAUGGACUGUUUUCCUUAGUCUUCUGUGGAAACUAACACACCUCUCUGGCAAGACCUGUAGAUAUAGUGAGGUUUGUUUUCCACCUAUGUGAAAAUAGUUAUUAUUACUAAUGUUUUCUAUCAUGUGGCUUUACUUUAGAAAUUUUCCCUUAAAUGUAGUGGUAUUUCUUUUCAGGUUUUAUUAUGAACUUCACAUGGCAGUGUAGACAGAGAGGAAAGAAAACUGAGAAAACCCAUGGUACUAGGUAAUUUGAAGAUUUACAAAUGAAAUUAAACUCUAUCUCAAGGAGUAUGGUCUAAUGGUAUCUACUUCAGAGCAUUAUUAGUAUAGUUAUGCUUUUUACAUGCAGGGCAGAUUUAAAGCAUGGCUCACUAAUAGUAACACCCCAUGUUAUAAUGAAAGUCAUUAAUGACAGUGUCCCAAAGUAACCAGUGGGCUAGGAUAUUAAACGAAUAAUUAAUAACACCCAUGCUAGGAAAUAAUAAAUUUGUUGUUUUCAUAAACAACAUGUAAGCUACUACGUAUCACUGGGAUUUAGGGGUUUUCUCCCCACUGUAUUACAUUUUCUGUAUAAUAUUUAUAGUCAAAGGGGCAUCACUAUGAAACCUUAAAGUAAGAGACAAACAAAGAGGACAGCACAGUGUUACACAGAGAACACUGGACUGACAGUUGGGAGACUUGGGUUCCAGACCUAGUCCCAGCUCUGCGUUCUAGCUAGCUGUAUGACACUAAGCAAAUCACCUGAGUCAUAAUCAAUGCUCGUUUACUGACUUCCUUUUCCCAACCUCUGUUUCAUUAUCUUUAAAUCAGAGUGGUAGGACUAGAAGAUCUAUAUUUCCAGUUCUAUGAAGACAUAGUCCUAAUCAUUACUUGGAAUUCCAUUACGAAACGAAUACCUCCUCUCAGACUACUUAUAUAAAAAGGCACUUAAUAAACAACAGUGAUUAGAGCUAAAUUAAAUUUUUCAAGGGUUGCCAUUGACAAAGAAUUUCCCAUUUUUAUUAGAAAAAUUAGGAAAUACAGAGUCUAGAGCUAAAUGCUGAUAGUUAUAAAUAUUUGGAUUGUAUGUUAUUUGAUGUAUUUGGUCAAAUUGUCAGUACCAAAAUCUGAGUCUUGUGUAUUAAUUAAAUUGACCACAAAUAGGAAAAUUGUUUGAUUUUCCUCCUUUUAUUGUACCACAAUGGGAAGUUCUUGAAAAGUUAAUAUAUUGAAGAAAGAAUUUUUUAACACCACUCUGCUAUAAUGUAAUUCAAACUAUUAAAUUUAAAUAGUUUAUUUUUUUUAUUAUGCCUCAGAUUCAGAAAGUAGUUAUAGGAGCAAUAAUUGGCAAAAGCUGUUCUUAAGCCUCCCUAGCAGAAUUUAAGAGGUUUUCAUAAACUUGAAUGGUAAUCGUAGUAAUAGAUUGCAUUUUGUUAAACCUCAAAUGUUAAGAAGUAAUUGUUUUUCUAAGGCUUACCCAUCAUUUUUUAAAACUGUACUGCCAGUAUUUUUUUUUCAAAUCUUUAUACUCUCUUUGCCCUGCUUACUUAGGAGUGAUUGUUUUAGAAGUUAUGUUCAGAACAUUGAAGAUUGUAGAAAAAACUGGGUUCUGGCUUCCACUUCCACUAUUUGAAAUGAGAAUAAUACAUUACACUAUUGGAAGACAUUGUGCUAGCUGACUAAACUGAAUGUUAUUUAGGCACUUUAAUGUGGAUUUCUUCAGGCCAGUAGAUUACUACCAUAAAAUCUGAUUGUUAAACUAUAUUAUUUGAACAAAACUGCUUGGCUUACAAAUAAAGAAAUUGGUAAUAUUUGGAUGAUAAUUUUAUUACAGUAAUAAUGCUUCUAUUUGCAAAACGAAUGCUUUCUAAUGAUAUUCUCUUAAUCAGAAACUUCAUUAGCAAAAAUAAAAACAUCUGUAAUUUAGAAAAACACAUUUAAGGGUGCAGAUUUCCUGUCUGCAACUGGUCAUUCUUCCCCUUCUUACUGUUCCCCAGAAUGAAUAGUAAUUCUGCCUCUCUUGAAACUAUCUCUGGCCAAUUGAUAGACCAUAAUACACUGGGGCAGUGCAAGUCCUAGGACCCUCUCUUCAGAAGUAUCUGGGUGCCGGUUUGUCCUUGAGUGGUUGGCACCUGAGAUUAUUCCAUUGCCUCCGGGGAGCCAGUGCUAAGGAGGCUUGAACUUUCCCCCAAUUCAUUCCAUGCUCAGAAAGCUUUUGUGCCCAGAGAAUUUGUUGAUUUAGAUAUCAAUCAGAUUUUUAUUUUAUUUCCAGGACAUGUCUAGUUUAGUAAUGAAAAGAAAAAUAAGGAACACUGCCAUGUUUUAUCUCUCAUUCUAAAAGCAUACAUUUUAUUUUGAAUAAAAUUAUUGGGUUAAAUAGCUAAUAUAUAUACCUUGAAAAUUCUCUUUGAUGUAAUGGUCUGAUAAAGUAGAACUUGAUGGCAUUUUUUGCAUGUGGUUAGAAGCGCUUUAUUUUGCAGGACUGACAUGUACAAUGGUAGACAGCAUUUUUGGAAGUUAUUGUGCAGCAUAAGUUAAUUGUGGUAUUACUCCUCUCACUAUGGCCACCUAAAGUUCUAUAUUUAUCAGUAUGACACUCUAGCCAGUAUCUUUGACAUUUAGCAUAUUAGGUUUUAGGUUUCUAUGGUGAUUGUUCCUCAGUAAAACAAUGCAUUUUCUUCUGACCACAUUGAAAAGUGGUAUUGAAAUAAUGGAUUUUUCUGGUUUGAAAAGUACAAACAAAAUGUUUUGUUUGAAGGUUGGGGAUAUAUAGAGUUGCCUUUUAAUUUCCUGCAGUCAGAUUUACACUUGUAAAUUAUAUGAUGACAAAAGUGCUUUCGUGUAGAUGCUCUUAUUCCUGGCAUUUAACUUUUCUAUUCCAUUUCUGUAAAUAACGAUAUUUUGUUGCUUUCAGAUGACAUUUUGAAGUCAUUUGACUCCUUCCCCCUACAGCAGUGUUCUGCCAUUGUUAAUUACACCUCUAGCCUAUCAGUUGUAUUAAAACACUCUCCCAUUUCUUCCCCUUUUAGUUUUAUCAAAAUAUGCUAGGAAUCUAAUGUUUUGAAUGAACUAUAUUGGUGGUAUUUUUUCCAUUUUAAUUUGAUCAUAUGAAAAUCAAGUGAAGUACUGGUUUAUUCCUUCCAAUCUGUAAAUUAACAGAUGUAUCUGAGCACAUAAUUUGUCAGUAGGUUAGCUAUGAUUUGUGUGCGCAAUGCCAAUGUUAUCUUCAGUCAGCCAUUAAUUACUACGUGAAAUUCAGUGACAGACUUUCUCUCACCUGAUACUCCUUUUAUUUUACUAGUUUCGUUUGAUCUGAAAAUUUGUUGGUUGGAAGUUUUAACUAUUUGUGCAAUUCCUGUGCUGUAAAACUUUAGUGUAUAUUCAAUUUGUAUUUAGAAAAGGCUGUAGAAGUGCUGUUUAUUAGCAGACUAGCAGCCUUAUCUCUACUUAAUAGCCUUCCAUUUUGGUUAUGGAAUACAAUAAAAUCAGUUUUUUUUCUGUAUAUGUUAAAUUAUUGGUGAUGUAAUGAUUUUUUUUGAAGAAUGUAUAUUUGGUCAACUGUUAAAAUAUAGGCAAUUGUAGACUUGCAUGAAAUAAAAUCCAUUUCUAAAAUUAGUAAGUGCUGUGCAACUUGGAUCUCUCAAUAAAUUUGCUAAAUAUUAAUGUA